AGAGGGAGUACAUGGUGUCUUCUCCUAAAGGGAGUACUUGAUCUCUUCUCCUAAGAGAGACUACAUGGUCUCUUCAGCUAAGAGGGAGUACAUGGCGUCAUCACCUAAGAGAACAGGCAUCAACGCCAUGUCCAGUCAUCAUAGCAACUACUACGGUUACGUGCAUGGGAUGCAUGGGCUCUAUGGCUGCACCUCGCCUUCAUACAACUCAUCCGACAAUAACAAAAGGGAAGUCGCAAAGCCCGCUCCACAAGGUCUUUAACAGCUUUUCAUGUUCUUCUUCUCCUUUUUCUUCUUCCACUCAGUUUAUUAAUGGAGGGUGCCUGGCACUGCCGUCAAUGGAUGCCUUCUUGGAUGAGUACGGUAAAGACAACUACGGGUUGUGUCCAUCAUCGUCGAAUGGCACACCGGGGAUGGAGUGCUCAUCAGAUGCCUUUGAGUUGCCACCAACAUCGACACUGCCGUCGCUGCUGGACUGCCUGACGAUGGAGUCCAGAUAUGGGGGCGACGUGGGUGAAACGGUUGCAACAGGGCUGCAGACAAGUGGAGAGGGGGAUCUGUAUCAGAUGAAUCAGCUUGGGUUUGGCGGAGCGGCACAGCAACAAGGCAGGGAUAUUGAUCAUGGAUUGGCUGGAUCAGUGGGUAAGUUCGAGUUGGUGGAAGCUUCAUACAAUGGCUUAUUGGGUGGACCUAUAAUCAUCCCUCCGGAGUCGGAGCAGGAGCAGGACAGUGGGUUGCAGCUGGUGCACCUCCUCCUGGCCUGCGCCGAGGCGGUGGCCAAAGACGACUAUCUCGCUGCCCGGCGGUACCUCCACAAUCUCAACCGCGUCGUCUCCCCCUUCGGCGACUCCAUGCAGCGCGUGGCCUCCUGCUUCGCCGACGCCCUCGCCACCCGCCCCUCCCCUUCCCCUUCCCCCAAUCCCUACCCACCUCCCUCCCUCGACACUCUCAAGAUCUACCAGAUCCUCUACCAGGCCUGCCCCUACAUCAAAUUCGCCCACUUCACCGCCAACCAGGCCAUCUUCGAGGCCUUUGAGUCCGAAGACCGGGUCCACGUCAUCGACCUCGACAUCCUCCAAGGAUACCAAUGGCCCGCCUUCCUUCAAGCCCUCGCCGCCCGUCCAGGGGGCCCUCCAGCCCUCCGCAUUACCGGCGUUGGCCACCCGUUCGAGUCGGUCCGCCAGACCGGCCGCCACCUCGCUGAGCUGGCCCACUCCCUCCGCGUGCCCUUUGAGUUCCACCCUGUGGUCGUCGACCGCCUCGAGGACCUCCGCCCGGGCAUGCUCCACCGCCGCAUCGGCGAGGCCCUCACCGUCAAUGCCGUCUGCCGCCUCCACCUUGUCCCCGGGGCCCACCACGGCCCGCUCCUCGCCAUGAUCCGCGACCAAGCCCCCAAAGUCGUCACUCUGGUGGAGCAAGAAGCAGGCCAUAAUGGGCCUUACUUCUUAGGGAGGUUCUUGGAGGCGUUGCACUAUUUGUUAUAGCCCAAAUCUCAGCCCACCAAAG